AUGACUGAAAUAGAAGGCUCACUCACUCUGCCAGAUGGCAUUGAGCUGUAUACCAAGACUUGGAAGCCUACUGGAACUCCACGCGCUACCAUAGCCUUCAUCCACGGCUUCAGUGACCAUUGCAAUGCCUAUCACAACUUCUUUCCAACGCUGGCAUCAGCAGGCUUAGAAAUCAGGUCUUUUGACCAGCGAGGCUGGGGCCGGAGCGCAAAGCAAGCCCGCGACCGGGGCAACACAGGCCCAACCAGCCAAGUGCUCUCAGACAUCCAUGUCUUCCUUCAGAGCCUCCCUGCACAGCCCAACAUUCCGCUCUUCCUAAUGGGCCACAGCAUGGGCGGUGGCCAGGUCCUCAACUACAUCUUCCGCCCCGACUCACCAUACAAUGAGCCCAGCCAAGCCGCCUCCCGGCCCAAGUUUACUGGCGUGCUUCUGUAUUCUCCUUUAAUUGCUAUCCAUCCGUCCUCGCGCCCUUCCAAGUUUACAGUUGCCGCUGGAAGGAUUGUUGCAAAGCUUAUCCCGCAUAAGCAGCGAUACUCGCCGCUUGACGCAAAUUUGGUUUCUCGUAAUAAGGAGACUGUCAAGGACUUUGUAGAUGAUGAGCUUUGUCAUGAUACGGGGACUUUUGAGGGUUUGGCGGGGAUGUUGGAUCGUGGAAUCUGGUUAGAGGGUAUGUUUGAGGGCGGGGCUUGGGCUAAGUCUGACUUGCCGUUUUGGUUUGGACAUGGUAAUGGCGAUCGCAUUACUAGCCAUGAGGCAACGGAGAACUUCGUGAAGGCGUUGCAGAAAAAGGGCGGUGAUGUGAAGUUUGAGACUUAUGAGGACGCUUAUCAUAAGCUGAGUGCUGAGUUGCCGGAGACGACUGACAAAUUUGCUGCGGACGUUACAGCUUGGAUUUCAGGAAAGGUGCCUGGGACGGAGACUGUGGAUGUUCCAAAUGAGGCGCUGAGUGCUGAGGUUCGGAGCGAGGCUGUUCUGGACACUGCUGCCAUUGAGGUGGCUGGCGAUGGAAAGGCAAAGUAG